GGGAGGAGAGGUCAAGAAUCCCCGCUAAUCAAGCGGCGCAGUGAGCUAACAAAUAACGUCUCCAUGCUUCUAUCAGCAGCUACACGGACAUUUUUAACCAUUUCACUGGAAAUCGUGCGCUGUUGCUUUGAUUGCUGAGAGGACUGCAGGAACCCAUCGCGUGAUUUCCUGACUUCUGGCUGGCUAACGGUGUGUGGCUAACAGCCGCACUGUUAUUGUUUUCCAUUCUUCCCUCGGACUCCCUCACGUUACUCUUCGGGCUUCAGGAGGACCGCACGGCCUGAGUGAUGAGUUUCUGUCCGUCCGGGGGGGAAGAUGGUUGGGAAACGCUGCAGAAGCAGUCGCCACCGACUCCCGGUCGUCCUGCUCCUGGUGCUGCUCUUCGGCGUUGUUACGAUCCAGUACGUGUGCCCGACCAAUUCCAAGUGUCACGCGCGGCUCCAGGUGGGAUCGUGGUUUAACCUGGCCAGUCUCACAUCUGGUUCCGCACGAGGCGAGAGCAACGACGGGUCCCCUAAAGAUCCGUACAUCGCGGAAGACGGCGCUCUGGCCCGCUUUGUGCCCCGCUACAACUUCUCCAAGGAAGACUUGAAUCGCGUCGUGGAUUUCAACAUCAAGGGAGACGAUGUGAUUGUCUUCCUGCACAUCCAGAAGACUGGCGGCACCACGUUUGGCCGACACCUCGUGCGAAACAUGCACCUGGAGAGACCCUGCGAGUGUCACGCGGGCCAGAAAAGGUGUACCUGUUUCCGACCAGGUAAAACGGAAACCUGGCUGUUUUCUCGCCUGUCCACCGGCUGGAGCUGCGGGCUUCAUGCGGACUGGACGGAGCUGACCAGCUGUGUUCCAUCACGCAUGGACUCCAGAGAAGCCCCCAGUAACCUGCCCAGGAACUAUCACUACAUCACCAUUUUAAGAGAUCCAGUUUUACGCUACUUAAGCGAGUGGAGACAUGUGCAGCGAGGCGCUACAUGGAGGGCGUCUUUACACGUAUGUGAUGGACGCUCACCGACACUGUCAGAACUGCCAAGCUGUUAUUCUGGCGAUGACUGGUCAGGCUGCUCCUUGAAGGAGUUCAUGGACUGCCCGUACAACUUGGCCAACAACCGUCAGACUCGCAUGCUUGCCGACCUCAGCCUGGUGGGAUGCUACAAUGUCUCUACGAUGAGCGAGGAGGAGCGCUGGGCUGUGAUUCUGGAGAGCGCCAAACGCAACCUGAGGAGCAUGGCGUUCUUUGGACUCACAGAGUACCAGCGUAAGACUCAGUACCUGUUCGAGCGAACCUUCAACUUAGAGUUCAUUGAUCCCUUCACGCAGCUCAAUGGCACACGUGCGUCCAGUGUAGACGUGCCUCUCGACAUCCAACACAAAAUACGCCAACUGAACCGGUACGACGUGGAGUUUUACGAGUACGCCCGCGACCUUUUCCUGCAGCGUUACCAGGUGGCGAGGCAGCUGAGGCACAGGCAGGCCAGGGAGAGGCGACAACAGGAGAGGAGGUGGCUCCGCGGUCGACUCGCCACAAAGCAGGGCAGGCAGCCGAAACCCGUAGAGGUGCCACAUACGACCAACGGCCGUCCUGCUGCAUCUGACGUUCAGCAGAGGGAGAACAGUGCUGAAGACACUCUGGAGGCCGAAAUUGCAGACUGGUGGCCGGAUGAGAACAGCCCCGAGGAGGACUACAUGGACAAUGUGGAGCAGUGGUAGUGACUGACAUACAUGGGGAUUGGUUUGUCUUAAUACAAAGUGUGCCAACUUUGGCCCUUGCUGAUAUCUUAAAUCCAAAUUUUAUUAGAAUAUGCCUUUCCACAUAUUUUUUUUUAAGCUUAUUUUUAAUUUAUUUAUACUGACUGUAUUUUCAUUGAAACAACUGACAUUCAUAAUGAGUGUGUUUUUCUACUUGAAGUCCUUUACCUUUUCAGUGAUGACACUUUCACGGCGCACGCACUCUUCUUCUACACUCUAAGCACAUGUGAUCACUUGUGUUGUCGCCUGGAACAAAAGCAGCUUUUGGGGUUUUUCCAGCUUUCAAAUAAGCAAAAAAAAAAAAAAACAUUUU